AUGCAAUUAGUCGGAGCUUUUAACACGGGCUAUUGGCUUAUGAGCUUCUUUGUGAUGGUUACGGGAGAAUCGGUAGCCGCAGAGCCGAAGCAUUUGGUUUACCCGCCCGUGACGGAUCUCGGUCCCAAUAAAGUUCAGCUGGUGUUGGGUCUGGGAAUUCCUAUGGAAAUUGAUGCGAAUACGAUCAUGGGUUACGUAAUAAAAUAUAGUUAUCGCCUGCCGUCUAACGCAUCUUAUCUCACCGAACCGUACGUCCGUCUCCAGAGAACAGCAGCUAAGGAUGUACUCUCGAGAGAAACAGCAAAGAAUAGAGAUCAGUCAGGUUCGCCUCUUUCACAUGGUGUCAAUAGUAUUGGACGAUAUGUAAUUUAUAAAAUAGUUGAGUCGGUUAUUGACUCAAACUUUCAAUCGGGCAAGAGUUGCCUUUUGAGGGCCAUUUGCGAGGCAGCGACAACGCCCUUAAACGUCGAUGACGGUCUUUUCGCCCAACUGACACAUGUUUUCCUCACGCCGUCCAGCACUGCGGACCAAGAGGCGAUUGAUCAGGAAUAUCUGGCAGCCGAAUACAUCGGCCGUCGUCGUCGGCCGAACGAAUGCUCCCGGGCAUUCAGUGAGUGCGAUAGUAAUUUUCUAGAUUACUUCAGCAAGAUUUACUGAAGCGAGCCACCCAGGUCUUUGUAACAGGAUCCGCCCCUGAAAAUUACCGCCUUACGAUACAGGAGGAUU